UACAUAAGCGGUAAGGUGAUGAUUAAGCGCAAGGCAGAGGGUGAUAUUACUAGGGUAUGAUUCCUCCCUCCAUCAUCUCCUCUCUUCUUCACUUGGACGGAUUUCCGUUUCGUUCUUUUUGGAACAAGGGGAGGAGGGGAGCUUAGAGUGGAUUGGUGUUGAUAGUGGUUCUUGUUGGCCUCGUCAUGGGCUCGGGGAGACAUGAAAGUGCUGCUGGAUCCUUGUACUCGUGAUAGAAUUUUUCUGCGAUGCAGUGGCAUGAGCUUGGGGACGGAGGCGAGCAGAGGCGCAGAGCUCGUUUUGAUGCCCAAAUUCAGUGAAUUAGCAGCCGCGGAGAGUGGAAAAGGAGUGAUUUUGUAGUGGACUCCAUGUCCUGCGAUUGAGAUGCCCUUUUUCUGCUUGUAUAAUUUACUGUGAGGAGCAGUAGAUGCUAGAUCUUCUUAAUCGGCCGCGGAGAUGGAAUCUGGGAACGGCUUCUUCCCUCUCGAGGAGUGCCGCCUAGAUCCGAAGUGGCUCAUCGACCCUAAGUUGCUGUUCGUCGGGCCCAAGAUCGGGGAAGGCGCUCACGCGAAGGUGUACGAAGGAAAGUAUAAGAACCAAAAUGUGGCUGUCAAGGUCAUGCACAAAGGGGACAACCCCGAGGAGGCAACGAAGAGGGAGGGGAGGUUCAUGCGGGAAGUGACGUUGCUCUCCCGUGUUCAGCACAAAAACCUCGUGAAGUUUAUUGGAGCUUGCAUGGAACCUGUGAUGGUGGUAGUAACUGAGCUUCUUCUUGGAGGAUCACUGCGCAAGUACUUGAUAAGCAUGAGGCCUAGGAAGUUGGAGCCUCGUGUUGCGGUUGCCUUUGCAUUGGAUAUAGCUCGAGCUAUGGAGUGCUUGCAUUCUCAUGGGAUCAUCCAUCGUGAUUUGAAGCCUGAGAACUUGCUAUUGACUGCAGAUGAGAGGGCAGUGAAACUUGUCGAUCUUGGUUUGGCCAGAGAAGAAACAUUAACGGAGAUGAUGACUGCUGAAACAGGAACAUACCGUUGGAUGGCCCCUGAGUUAUACAGCACGGUCACAUUAAGGCAAGGAGAGAAGAAACAUUACAAUCAUAAGGUGGAUGUAUACAGCUUUGCGAUUGUGCUAUGGGAGUUGCUUCACAAUCGGCUUCCUUUUGAAGGCAUGUCCAACCUGCAAGCAGCCUACGCAGCUGCUUUCAAGAACUUCAGGCCAAGUGCGGAUGACCUUCCUGAGGAACUGGCUCUAAUCUUAACUUCUUGCUGGCAAGAGGACCCAAAUGCACGUCCCAACUUUAGCCAAAUAAUUCAGAUGCUUCUACAUUAUCUUUCUACUCUUUCGCCACCUGAAUAUGUUGUUUCAUCACAUGCCUUCAAUUCAGAAAAUGUGGUCUUGCCGCCUGAAUCUCCCGGCACAAGUUCAUUGAUGGCAUCUCGCGAUGAAACGGAUGAUAUUGCGAAGGAUGCUAGGGAUAGCAAAGGAUUUUCUUGCUUUGGCCAGUGUUUUUAGUCACCUUCUACAAAUAAACCUUUAAGCUUUCCGAAUUGAUUAGUGAAUUCUCAGGCAUGCAUCUGCUAACACUGCUAUUUGCUGCUUCCUACGCAUUUGCUAGGAAUAAAAUCACCUCGUUUAUGAGGUUGAAAUUAUUUUCACAUUUGGGUAAAUUGCCUGCACAAAUUGGCUUGAGUUCCUUAAAUUUAGAGAUCAGGUGCAGUUA